AUGCCUAUUGAACCUUACAAGAGAUUAACGAAUGAAAUUGACAGUUUUCUUUCAUCAAACGGCUUACAUCAUCCUCUAUCUAUUUUAACACUGUCUGAGGUGGAAACCAGUCCGUGUGACUUGGUUCUUAAAAUAUGCUCGGCGCUGGCUGGCGUACGCUUACGAUUGUCGUUGUUGGAUAGGCUAAUUCGUAGGAGCUCAGCUUUGGACCUUGGUCCUGACGACUAUUUGAUCAUCAUGGGUCACUUGGUCAAAGAACUUCGAUCAUUGGAACAUUGCCUUCCAGACGAAUCACAGACUUUUCACGAUGUUUGUCUGUGCCUACAGUUAAUGAGCCACUGCUUGUCUAAAGCAUCUUGCGGGGACAAACUUUGUAGAUCUCUGGAAGAGCUCUUCGAAACUUUCGUCUUUGUUUCAAAUAUUUCAUCUGUCGAUUGUUUAACGGCUGGUUUUACGUUGCUUGUCCAAAUUCUGCGUCUGCAAUGGGGUGACCAGCUUCUUGAUGUAGUCCUCUCGCUGAUCACUCUACCACCCGUUGCCUCGGCUUGUCUACCGACGUCGGCUUAUUUCACUUUUACCGAACGACUCUUCCUUGAUGAUAAGCAGCGCACUCCUCAGCUGGCCUUCCUACUGGCUCUUAUCGGUCAACUUCAAGAUCAUAUCCGGCCUUCUACUGGAUAUUUAUCCGAGACAGUUUUGCGCCAAAUCCUUUCUUUUGCCUUUUCGAUUGUCGGUGAUGACUCAAAAAGCAGUUACAGCGCUUUGGAAUCGACACCAUUGAUAUUGCUAUCUAAGAUAGGGCAGUCUUGGAGUGCCUGCUGCAGGAGUUUAAGCGUUCAUUCUAGCUACAACUUUUUACAAUCACUCUGCUCCUCGGCGGGGUUGCUUGAUACACCCGUAUGGACAUUGCUUGAAUUCUGUCUGGAAAUGAAGGGGUCGCUUUUUUCUGUGGUUCGUCAUUCCUGCUUGGACACGAUCGAUAAUCUCAUGCAAACUCAUUUCAUCUUAUGUGAAGAUUGCAAUUCGAUUUGCUUGUGCGAGGCGGUUAUGAGCUUGUUUCGCCAAGUUACUUCUGCCACUUGGCUCUCCCGUGGGACUUUGUCUGUCAUCCUGCGAAUCGUCACAGCCUUGUUUCAAUGCACCCCAUGCUCUGUUUCAAAUCUGUUGCCUUUCCUAUUGUGGGAUUCCCACGCGAAGGAGCAAGAUACGGCCCAUCAGUUAGCAUGUGUAGCUUCAUCCUUGCUAUACUGUGCUAUGGAUCCCAGUCUUUCGAUGCACGUAUCUGAGUUAUACGCUCUCAUCGGUUCCAAGCUUUUAACAGAGAAAGAAGAGUUACUAUGUAUUUGGCUCUCGACACUUAUCACUCUGGCAAUUAAUGACUACAGCACCUUCGGGUCCGCCAUCAGCCAGUAUAUCCUACCAAGUUUGUUCUCCUCCAACUGCGCGCUCGUUUACCGACUGAUCGAGCUCAGUAAGACAGAUGGAUCCACCUAUAGUGUCCCAUUGCUUCUCACCUGUUAUCGGUUACUCAACUAUCCCAAACGAAAAAUAACCAAAAAGGACGAUACAGACGACACACUUUCAAUCAUUCCUCUACUUCAAACCGCACUAGUUUGCUCCGAUCUACAGAUUCGGCUUGAUGCACUGAACUUUCUUCGGGCUUCCAUUCAACGUACGAAGAUUUCCACGGAGCUCUUGCAGUUGAUCGACGUCGUAUUCUACUGCUUGCGGUUCAAUCAAUGGUCCCUAGAGCGCCCUUUGAGGCAUCAGCUUUGUUAUACAAUUUUUGUGGCCGCAGCUCGCAUGAGGGAACUCAAGAUGCAAUUUGUUUCCUCUCCCUCAUGUUUCCUGGACAUCCUCAUCCGGAUGGCUGCUUUACUACUUCAAGGCAUCUACCCGGGAGUUCCUGCACCUCGCCUGUCUUUUUGCCUCAACGGGUUGUACGGCCUAGUUAUGGCACUGUGUCCCAGUGCAGAAGAUGGAGACAAAGGGAUACUCGACAGUGAUUCCAAUUGGACGAUACAUCGAAUCCUCAACCAGGCUGCUUGGUGGGCGUAUGACAUACGCAUCAGCCAGUCCAACACUGACCCGCUCGCACUGUCUGAACAAUUGUGUCCAUUUGAUCCCUAUUUGCUGGUUUCUCAUUUGUUUGUGGGUCUUAGCAGCACGUUCGAAGAUGAUCGGGAAUUUGCGCUACAACUGUGCUUGCUUCUACGGAUAUCCCACUACAUAGUGAGUUCUCGUACUAUUGUUGCAAAUUGA